UUGGUAGGGAAGUGCUCUUUUUAGUCAUGAUGGAAAUAAAUAAGAGCUCCAAAUAUGAGUCAAUUUUAUAUUAGUUUAUACUUUUAAUUUUACUUUAAUUUAAUUAUUUAAUUUUAUAUCACAAUUAAACAAAAACAUAAGAUAAAUGGAAACUAAAAAGUAAAUGUGAAUUUUAUUUUGGUUUAUUGAUUCUAUAGAAACCAUAAGUUGGUAAACAAGGGUAUUUGAAUUGAAUUAAGAAGGUCCUAGAAGUUUGUCUCAACUCUCCCAAAAGAAAUACUUUUCACCCACUCAAACCCACUUAUUCUUGGCUACUUUAAUUUUGUUUUUGUAUGAUGAUAAAUAAAGCUAAAAUGGUGUGCUUAGCUUUCAAAUAUUAGCUGUAGACUCCCUUGCAUUAUCCCUCCUUUUUCACUCUAUAAAUAUUGCCUUCCUUUCUAUUUUUCUUCUUCACACCAAAAUUAAUUAAUUAGUUUAGUCACUUCAUGAAUAUGGCAAUUUCUAAGCUCCUUAUUGCUACUAUUGUCCUCUCUUUUUUGCUUCUUAAUGUGGUUCAACCUCAUCAAAUGAUUGAGAGUAGCGGUCCAAAGAGGUCUCUCCUUGGAGCUAUAAAUUGUGGGGCGGCAUGUGUGGCAAGGUGCCGACUGAGCAGCAGGCCAAAUCUUUGCCACAGGGCAUGUGGGACAUGCUGUGCAAGGUGCCAAUGUGUUCCACCGGGUACUUCCGGCAACCAAGAACUCUGUCCUUGCUACUACAACCAGAGGACCCAUGGUGGCAAACGCAAGUGCCCUUAAAUCAUUUUUAUGAGCUAUAUCAUCAUUAUAUCAAGUUCAUAUAUAUUGUUUAACUUGUACGUUUUUUUGGCUGAGUAUUGUUAUAUAUUUGAAGUAUUUUUAAUUCCAUUUGAUUAUUGUAAUUAAGUUCACUGUUAUGUAAUACAUAAAUAAAUAUAUAAUAAAAGUUCAGUCAGAUGAUCUGUUAUUUUACUUGGAA